UUCGUUCUUGCAGUUCUUCAAAACAGAGAGGUUUAUGUAAAAAAAGAUAAAGCACACGGUCGCACUGCAGUUAUGGCAGCAAUAAUCAGGAAUUCAAUUUGGAAUAAAAGUUUUCAUCAACUAGCAAAAAUCGAAACGCACCCAGUCCGAUACUACGCCAGUGCUAAUCGUGUAAAACCCUUCAAAAAGGUAGAUAUUGCAAACAAGGUCAGGAAUGAUGCCAAAGCUGCUGAAAUGCGAUCAUUGGUGGAGCAGGCCGAGGAAAACGGAUCUCUAGUCAUGGGUAGGCAGAUCAAAUCGGUUGGUCAGUCUUUGGCCAGCAGAGGUUAUCUACGGCCGAAUAAAUCCUACUCGCCGCCAGGAAAUGUUAAACAAAAAAUACUCGAGCUGGCCAAGUCAAACAAUCUUGCCAAUCCGAAGCAAAAAUUUGCCAAUAAUCAACAGAAGUUUGAAUUUUUGGCUGCGUGUUUCACCGCAUUCAAGCACGGCGUACCAAAUUCGAGGCUCCACGAAAUAGAAUCCGUUGAUGAUACGCUUGAGUUCUAUGAAACACAAGUGGACACGACGCUCCCAUUGGAUGCGCUGAAAACGGUUGAUUUGCCGGAGAACUUAUACAUCCAGCAAGAGUACAUUCGAUUCCAUCCAGAAACGGACACCAUGUUUGGAGGUAAGUCAGCUUUUCCCAAAAGUUCCACCAUCGUUACCGGAUUGAAGUACAAGGACAAGUACAAGGGACAUGUCGCGAAAAAGUCUUGGCCUUGAACAGCGUGGAAAGUAGUAAGUUUAAUAGAAAAUAAUAAUUGUUAUUUGUCAAGCACGUA